AACUCGUAGUAACACGUCACUCUAGUAAAGUGAAAAGCCGGCUGAUAGGGAGCAGCUCGUUCACCGACGUCUUCCUCCCACUUACGCCCGUCUGGUUUCACCUUCAGAUGCACUAAUUCAUCCUAAACACAACCGUCUCUUUAGCCGCCGUCUCGUGCCGAAGCCAGCUCGCUUUAUAAGAAGAUCGGUGAUGUCGACGUACCAGGAGUUCAUCCAACAAAACGAGGACCGAGAUGGGGUGAGGUUCAGCUGGAACCUUUGGCCCUCCAGCCGCCUGGAGGCCACUAGGCUGGUGGUUCCCGUCUCCUGUCUCUUCACGCCUCUUAAGGAGAGGCCCAACCUGCCACCUGUUCAGUAUGAGCCGGUUCUGUGCAGCCGGGCCACCUGCAAGGCUGUGCUCAACCCACUGUGUCAGGUGGACUUCAGGGCUAAAAUCUGGGCGUGCAACUUCUGCUUCCAGAGAAACCCUUUCCCGCCCUCUUAUGCAGGCAUAUCGGAGGUGAACCAGCCAGCUGAACUCAUGCCACAGUUUUCCACCAUCGAGUACAUAGUUCAGCGCGGACCCCCGACCCCUCUGAUCUUUAUGUACGUCGUGGACACGUGCUUGGAAGAGGAGGAUCUCCAGGCCCUCAAGGAGUCCCUCCAGAUGUCGCUGAGCCUUCUGCCCCCCAACGCCCUGGUGGGCCUCAUCACGUUUGGACGCAUGGUUCAACUUCACGAGCUCAGCUCUGAGGGGAUCGCCAAGAGCUACGUGUUCAGGGGCAACAAGGACCUCUCCUCCAAACACGUCCAGGAGUUGCUGGGACUGACAAAACCGGCUGCUGCAGGACAGCAGGGUCGCCCUGCGGCUCCUCAAGAGGCCGCUGCCUUUUGCAAGUUCCUGCAGCCCGUGCAUCGAGUCGAUAUGAAUCUGACGGACUUGCUGGGAGAGCUUCAGAGAGACCCCUGGCCCGUCCCUCAAGGGAAGCGCCCCCUCCGCAGCACGGGGGUGGCGCUGUCGGUCGCCGUCAGCCUGCUGGAGGGGACGUUCCCCAACACGGGAGCCCGUUUGAUGCUCUUCGUCGGCGGCCCGCCCACUCACGGGCCCGGCAUGGUGGUGGGAGACGAGCUGAAAACCCCCAUCCGCUCUUGGCACGACAUCCAGAAGGACAACGCGAGGCAUCUGAAGAAAGCCACGAAGUUUUAUGAAGGCUUGGCCAACCGGUCUGCCGGGAACGGCCACUGCAUCGACAUCUACGCCUGCGCUCUGGACCAGACGGGGCUGCUGGAGAUGAAGUGCUUGUCUAAUCUCACCGGGGGACACAUCGUGAUGGGAGACUCGUUCAACACCUCCUUGUUCAAGCAAACCUUCCAGCGAGUCUUCAGUAAGGACUACAACAACGACUUCCGCAUGGCGUUUGGAGGCGUCCUGGAGGUCAAGACAUCAAGAGAGCUGAAGGUUUGUGGCGCCAUCGGACCGUGCGUUUCACUCACCUCAAAGGAUGCCUGUGUCUCCGAAAACGAGAUGGGUGUUGGUGGCACCAACCAAUGGAAACUCUGCGGUCUCGGUCCCUCCACCACUCUGGGCAUGUACUUCGAGGUGGUGAAUCAGCACAAUGCGCCCGUCCCUCAGGGCGGCCGAGGGGCCAUCCAGUUCGUCACCCAGUACCAGCACUCCAACACGCACAGGAGGAUACGGGUCACCACCAUCGCCAGGAACUGGGCCGAUGCCAACUCUCAAAUUCAGCACAUCGAGUCUUCGUUUGACCAAGAAGCAGCCGCGGUGCUGAUGGCGCGCCUGGGAGUCUUCAGGGCGGAGUCGGAGGAGGGGCCUGACGUUCUGCGGUGGCUGGACAGACAGCUCAUCCGCCUGUGUCAGAAGUUCGGACAGUUCAACAAAGAUGAUCCUACGUCCUUCCGACUGUCCGAGUCCUUGUCCCUCUACCCACAGUUUAUGUUCCACCUGCGCCGCUCUCCUUUCCUCCAAGUGUUCAACAACAGCCCAGAUGAGUCCUCCUACUACAGGCACCACUUUGUGAGGCAGGACCUGACCCAGUCCCUCAUCAUGAUCCAGCCCAUCCUGUACUCUUACUCCUUCCACGGACCACCAGAGCCUGUCCUCCUGGACAGCAGCAGCAUCCUGCCAGAUCGAAUCCUGCUGAUGGACACCUUCUUCCAGCUGGUUAUCUUCCAUGGAGAGACCAUCGCUCAGUGGAGGAAGGCGGGCUACCAGGAAAUGGCCGAGUACGAGAACUUCAAGCAGCUUCUUCAGGCUCCUCUGGACGACGCUCAGGAGAUCCUCCAAACACGCUUCCCCAUGCCGCGCUACGUCGACACCGAGCACGGAGGCUCACAAGCUCGCUUCCUGCUCUCCAAGGUCAACCCGUCACAAACGCACAACAACCUCUACGCGUGGGGACAGGAGAGCGGGGCCCCCAUCCUGACCGACGACGUCAGCCUACAAGUCUUCAUGGAUCAUCUGAAGAAACUGGCUGUUUCCAGCUCCACGUAGACGCCUGCUUGGAAAAAUCUAGAACCUUCUGGGAUCCAACAACAUUUCCCACAUUUUUGUAUUUAAAAAGGCCAAAUUUCACUGUCUGUGUGUGCUAGAUCCAUUUUACUGUUUCGUGGUAUAAAAACGGUGGGGGGGGAGGGGGAGUUACUACAUUCCUGGAAACAAAACCUCGUUUUCUCAUUUUCAUAAAGUUUAAAUAAAUAUAAAAUGGCUCCUAUUCUGCUGAAUCAGACGACUGCAUGUAAGCAGUAAGAGUUCCUCAUCUGUUUUAAUGUUAGUUAUCCCCUCCGGCGUUGGCGUGAUGAGACUAAAACCAACAGUCUCCAACCCGCCGGGCUGGAUCAAAGCUGCUGUGAAAAAAGAUGCUUGUAUUCGUGCUCGCUUUGUCUAUAGCUAAAUAUGUAAUGUUUAGAGUUUUUCACAUUAAUAAAUUAUAUUAUCUUAACGUGUGCAUAAGGCUAAUCGGGCUUGAUGCUGGCUAAUCUGUUUGACAAAGACAUGAAUGGUUCCUUCGUGGAUUUAGACUUCCAAGGAGUUCUAGUCGAUGGCAUCGGCUCGGCUUGGUCCGUUUUUGGUCAGUUUUUAACUUAUGGGCUGUCCCGUGGAUUUUCUGGACUUGCUGACCAUCUGGUAUGUUUGCACUCGAUGAAAGCCCAAGUGUCUUUGUGAUCCAGCGUUGUAAAAAGGGAGAGUUGUCUGGAUUCCUCAUGCCAGCCAUAUAAAAGCCUUCCAGCAAGA